AUGAGAGCUGUAGUACUAGCAAAACAGAAAAAAGAACAUACAGUUUUGGAGAUGGAGGGCUACACCGUGGGCGCGCGUAGAGGCAAAUACACUCUCGCACUUCUGUUGGUAGCGGCCAUGGUGGCAUGUGUCCUGGCGGGAGGUAGUAGCUAUGGUGGCUAUGGAGGCGGUUAUGGUGGCGGCCGUGGAGGCGGUUAUGGUGGCGGCCGUGGAGGAGGCUAUGGAGGCAGUUACGGCGGCGGCUACGGAGGCGGCCGUGGAGGGUAUGGUGGUGGUUAUAGCGGCGGUCGUGGAGGCGGAUAUGGUGGCGGUUAUGGCGGCGGUCGUGGAGGCGGCUAUGGUGGCGGAUAUGGAUACGGGAAAUAA